AUGCUCAUUCCUCCCAGAGACUUCCCCUAUGAGAUGCCCAAAGAUCACGCAUUUGGUGGUUCAGCAAAGUUAGCAUUCGACUUGGACAGUCAGUGCAAGGAGGUGGAAGAUAGGCUCAUUACCUGGGAGACCUGGUCCCCAGAGGUCCUUGCUGCAAUGUCUUUGCAAAAUGACAAUGCCAGUCCUUCAACAGAAGAUCCCUGGACUAUUAACUCCAGUAAUACUGUCAUUGAACCAACCUCACUAAAAUCACAUGACUCAAUUUGCUGGCUAAAGGCACAUGCCUCGCAGUUCCAUGACUACCAUGCCCUUUUUAAUGGCUUGUUGGGUUUCCAAGGUAGCAAGUUACUCAAGCAGUUAGUGUAUAGUCACUGUCCUGAUCCAUUCUGUGGGCCCAAUGGUCCUGCCCUUCUAGGCCAUAUCUUAGCAUGGGCCACUGCCAAAACUGCAGGAGGUGCUAGGGUGGACUACCAAAAUGUCUUACUCUGGCUCAGCCCCAAAAUAAAAAUCAAGAAUGUUUUAUUAUGGAUGGUCAGAACCGAGGGGGAAUAA